CCCUACACUAUUCUUGAAUAAAUAAAUGUGCAUAAUACAAACCAAGAUGAAAAAUUACACAAAAUAAUAAAAAUAAAUUAGAUUCUCUCUCAGUACAGAGACGACUGAUUGAGGUCUACGGUUACGUCUUACGUCAAUCUCAGCCGUCCAUGGCCAUCACAACCGUCAAUCUCCACCGUUCAUUUCCCCAACCACCCUCCCUCCACCACCAACACCGCCACGUCACUCCUCUCUCACUCCACUUCACCCCCACCUAUACACACACCUAUACAUACAAAAACUACUACACACCACCUCUACGAUCACUCAAAACCCUAGCUUCCACCGACUCCGGCGGGAAUUCCGGCGACGGCGGCAGUAUUUCCGGCGGAGGCGGUGGAGGAGACGAUAGCGGCGAUGCGGAGGAGAGGAAUAGAGAGGAGGCGAUGAUUGUGUUGACGGAGGCAGGGAGAUCGUUGGAGAGCGUAUCGAAAGACGUCGCGGCGGCGAUUAAAGCGGGGAGAUUGCCGGGGAGUGUGGUGGAGAGAUAUGUUGAGUUGGAGAGAUCGGCGGUGUUUAGGUGGUUGUUGCAAUUUGGUGGAUUUAAAGAGAGGUUGUUAGCGGAUGAUUUGUUUUUGACUAAAGUUGGAAUCGAAUGUGGUGUUGGAAUCUUCACUAAGACUGCUGCAGAGUUUGAAAAGCGAAAAGAAAAUUUCACCAAGGAGCUGGAUUUUGUUUUUGCUGAUGUGGUCAUGGCAAUAAUUGCAGAUUUUAUGCUUGUCUGGCUUCCUGCUCCUACUGUUUCGCUUCGACCACCUCUUGCUGUCAGUGCUGGAAAAAUUUCGAAGUUCUUCUAUAGCUGUCCUGAUAAUGCAUUUCAGGUUGCUUUUGCUGGUAGCUCCUAUACAAUUUUCCAAAGAAUAGGUGCCAUUGUGCGAAAUGGAUUCAAAUUAUUUGCAGUUGGGACUAGUGCAUCACUUGUUGGUACAGGGGUAACAAAUGCUUUGAUAAAUGUGCGGAAGGCCGUCGAUAAAUCUUUUGCUGGUGAAGCAGAGGAUGUGCCUAUAUUUUCUACAAGUGUUGCUUAUGGUGUCUAUAUGGCAGUUUCUAGUAACCUGAGAUACCAAGUGUUGGCUGGAGUUAUUGAACAGCGUAUUUUGGAACCUCUGUUACACCAACACAAACUCAUUUUGAGUGCUAUUUGUUUCGCUGUCCGUACUGGCAACACAUUCUUGGGGUCGCUGAUGUGGGUGGAUUAUGCUCGUUGGGUUGGGAUCCAAAAGGUACGAGAAUAAGUGAAGGCAGAGCCCAUUCAGGGGGAUUCGUACUGUUGUACAUACUGCACAUUUGUAGGUAACAGGUUAAAUGAACACAGGCCCUGCACUCACUAGUUCAAAAUUGAACAAAUCAGCUGCUGGUAUGUCUUCUUCUGGAAUAUCAAGGCACAAAUUGUGCUAGUGUAAAGUGUAUAUACGAAAUCGAAGCUUUCAAGAGAUAUUAUAUAAGAUGGACAGAGAAUUUGUGUUUUUGUUGAUUCUGUCUGCAUAAAUGUAGAAAUCUUGUGGCAUGAAUAUUUAAUUGCACUCAAUAAUAAAUUUAUAUCAA